CACAUCACACCAACAACAGAGCAUUGCUGUGUGGGUACAAAGUUGAAGCAGAAGUGGUGGAGCUGCUGCCGACACGCUCCGCUCAGCACCACGGACAGCGAACGAUUGGACAAAGCUGUUCAUCGAUUUUGAGGGAAUUUUUGGAGUCAGCCGCGAACUGAGCGCAUCCCUCUCUCGCUCUCUCUUGGUUGUUGGAACUUCGAUUUAAUAAUUUGAACACAGACACUUUGGCUUCUUUCGACGAAAGUAAGUCUACUUUUACCUUGAUCGUAUGAAACGCGUUUCAAGAUUCGAAUAGUCGCUUAUUUAAUUUAAAAGAUGUGCAUUGGGAAUCCAUCACAUCACUGAUCUUCAUUAUACGAAGACUGGCGUCAGGAAAAUCGCGAAGUCGUGCGUGAUUUGCACUGGGGUAGAAUUAAACACCCACAAUAACUACAGCUGAUCAAAGCCCAGAGACACCUACGAGGCGACAGCAACUAUUCACCGUGCGUCGUAGAUGAGACUGUUUCUGCGUGAAGUACUUUUACGAAGGUUUGAAAGCGGGAAACACAGCAACGCCUCAGCACGCCACGGGUCACACAUCUGCAGGGACGCCGACAGGUGAACUCGGCAGGGCGUAACUUAACAACAACCUGGACAGACACGUUUCCUCGUAUCGCAGUAACCGGCGGCAUGACACGUGGCGGCUGCUGAUCAACAGCGCACGAGAACAAACCUCCAGCUGGUAAACGCGUAGAGAGUGAUCUCAGCACAUCCAGAGCGCGUGCCACCGUCGUCCUCCGAAACCCUCAAAUGGAGCCUUUGGACUCCAGUUACUGGGUUACACUGUCUUUGGACCCCAACUCCUCCUCUACCCCUUCUCCAUCACCCCCCAUGUCCUCCCCGCGCCUCCCCAACGUCUCGUCCAACCAGUCCUCGCAGAGCCUCCCUUUUCAGGGCAGCAGCACCGUGAUCACAGCCAUCAUCUCCCUCUCCGUCUUCAUAGUGGGCCUCACUGGCAACACGCUGGCCAUCUACGUGGUGCUGCGUUACGCCAAGAUGAAGACGGUCACCAACAUCUACAUCCUGAACCUGGCUGUGGCUGAUGAGCUCUACAUCGUGGGGCUCCCGUUCCUCACCACGCAGAACGUGCUCUCCUUUUGGCCCUUCGGCUCCUUCCUCUGCCGCCUGGUCAUGACCGCGGACUCUCUGAACCAGUUCACGUCCAUCUUCUGUCUGACGGUCAUGUCCGUCGACCGCUACCUGGCUGUGGUCCAUCCCAUCCGCAGCACCAAGUGGAGGCACCCUCGUGUGGCCAAGGUGGUGAGCGCAGCCAUGUGGGCCGUGUCCUUUGUGGUGGUGCUGCCCGUGGUCAUCUUCUCCGAUGUCCAGGACACAUUUUACUCCUGCAACAUGAUCUGGCCAGAACCAACGCACGUGUGGUCCACGGCCUUCAUCCUCUACACAGCCACCGUGGGUUUCUUCGGACCGCUGCUCAUCAUUUGCCUCUGCUACCUACUCAUCAUCAUCAAGGUGAAGUCGUCGGGGGCGCGGGCCGGCUUCACCAAGCGCCGGCGCUCGGAGCGCAAGGUGACGCGGAUGGUGGUGGUGAUCGUGGUGGUGUUCGUGCUCUGCUGGCUGCCGUUCUUCAUCAUCAACAUGGUCAACCUGGUGGUCAUCAUCCCCGAGUCCAGCGCCACCGCCGGCGUCUACUUCUUCUCCGUCAUCCUGUCCUACGCCAACUCCUGCGCCAACCCCGUGCUCUACGGCUUCCUGUCAGACAACUUCAAGCAGAGCUUCAGAAAAGUGCUCUGUUUGAGGGGGAUGAGGUGCAAGGCCAACGGCGUGGACGACAGCGACCCCAGCGCCCCCCGCACUGAGAAAACCACAUCACACAAUGACUGCAUCCUGCUGUCGCCACGAAACCAGGUGCACCACGACGCCCCGAGCAGCCAGGUCUCUCCUCACCCUCCAGGUUCGCGUCUCUCUCACACAGCAGCGGACCUGCACCGCUCCCCGUGCCCACAGUUCGGACCCCCUGGUUCGGUGGUGAGCUCUGCAGCAGCCUCCAUGGUAACCUCCAUGGCAACCCCCAGCAUCACUGCCCUGACCGUGCCCACCGUGCCCGCCUCCAGAGCGCCACAGGAGGAGUAGCUCAGAGAUGAUGAAUGUCAGGUGGCGCGACUUGAUAGGAGACGGCGAACAGAUGUAAAAAGGCCACGUUUAAGUCUGUUUGUCUGUGAACGUCUCCAUGAAUAUCGUUGACACGUCCCUUUGAGCAUCUGCACCUGUAUGAACGACGCUGUCUGCUCAACCGUCACUUAUCUUUUCACCUGGCCAUUCAACAUUAAGUGCCUUUUCUGCCGUUCUCUGCAAUCACCGUCACACAUUCACAACAUUGUCCUGGUGCUUUUUGUCUGGAGCACAGCACAGAGGAACGUAUUCGUCUUUACGUUUAGGGAGAUGUUUACAGCCAGUGUGAGGACCUCCUACAGAUGACCCACGUCAGUAAAUUGGCCCCUCAGGCUGAGGAAUAAAGUUAAACUGGACCUGCUGCUGCUUUAAUGAGGCGGUUCUGUACUGUACGCAUUCGCUAUCUACUGUUUUUCUGUGUGUAGUAAAGUAAAAGUGUUCAGUUUUAAAAUGCCACUCACUUCCUCUACUCACUUAAUUUUAGGUCAAACUGUGAUAAACGAAGUCAAGACCUCCACAGCUCUGUGGAAAAUCCUCUGCAGCUUCCUCCUUCUUGUAGCGUUGUACUCAUUAUGGAAGCUUGUAGCACACGCAACAUCCCCUUUUAUGUACAAACGCAUGUGUGCAUGCACAUUUGUGGGCCUCGUACACUGAGCGUUUGCAGCUCUGCGUGCACCAUGUACAGCAUAUUCAUGGGCAUCCUUUGAUCACUGUGCUGUUCGCUGUGCAGUCGUCGCUAUUUGUGACCAGCGUGUGAGUGACAUACCUGAGCUGCUUCGCUAACUGAGAUGCUUCUAGUGGGGUUAUUCAGUAAACGAUCAUUAGGCUCAGAUAACAGCUCAGUUUGAACUAGAAUCACGUAAAGAAGGAGUAUUGUUGAGUAAUUGUAAUGUGUUAUUUAUUGCUGUUCAGGUGCUUGUUGGGUGUCACUGUAAUAAAGUGGUUUGAUGGUGA